UGCACCCCAGACGAACAGGCUCUCUCUCUCUCUCUCUCUCUCUCUCUCGCACAGCUUUGCCUGGUCUCCCGUGCGAAACCAGAAGCUCACCAGAGCGCACAAGACGACGAGCUUUUCUAGGAUCGCAGCACGCACCGGGGGGUAAAGUGCAUGAGGGAAAAAAAAAAUAACAGAAAGAAGUGAACGCAAAGCAAAGUGGAAGUAUCCGUCUGUUUGUAGACGUUUGGACGUGUUGGAAGGCGCGGACGGUGAGAAGGGGGGUGUGUAUUUCAUUUGACUUCUGGGACAUGUGCACGGCUGGAUCUUGAAAUGUCAAGGUAGCUACCAGGCAGCACUUCCAUGCUUGCUGGUUUCCUGAUGUAAGUGUGUGUGUGAGUGUGAGUGAUCACCGGCUGCCCGUUGGAGACGGGUUUCUUUAUCACACACACACACGCACACACACAGACACACAUACACAGACACACACUUAUUUCCUGACAUCAUGACAGACAUGAACUUCACCUCGAUCCCGUACGUGAGUGAGAACCAAGCUCUGAAUUACACACGCGGCUGCUCGCUGACCAAAACCGCUUUCCAGUUUUACUACCUGCCCACCGUCUACAUCAUCGUCUUCAUCACCGGCUUUAUCGGAAACAGCCUGGCCAUAUGGAUGUUCGUGUGCCACAUGCGCCCGUGGAGCAGCAUCUCGGUUUACAUGUUCAACCUUGCCCUGGCUGAUUUCUGCUACGUCCUGUCGCUUCCCUUCCUCAUAUUCUACUACUUCAACAAAACCGACUGGAUCUUCGGCGACAUCACGUGCCGCCUGCAGCGCUUCAUCUUCCAUGUCAACCUCUACGGGAGCAUCCUGUUCCUCAUGUGCAUCAGCAUGCACCGCUACUCCGGCGUCGUCCACCCGCUCAAGUCGCUCGGGAGGCUGAAGAAGAAGAACGCCGUGCGCACCAGCGCCUUGGUGUGGUUCAUCGUGAUCGCCGGGAUCUCGCCCAUCCUGUACUACUCGCGUACCGGACCUAAGCGGAACGUCACGACGUGCUACGAUACGACCACCGAGGACGAGCUUCCGGGGUACUUCGUCUACAGCAUGUGCAUGACCGUGUUUGGAUUCUGCGUGCCCUUCGUGGUCAUCCUUGUCUGCUACGGAUUCAUCGUCAAAGCGCUUAUUUACAAUGACAUGGACAACGCGCCGCUCAGGAAGAAAUCCAUCUAUCUGGUCAUCAUCGUGCUUGCUGUAUUUGCUGUGUCCUACCUGCCCUUCCACGUCAUGAAGAACCUCAACAUGAGGGCCAGGCUGUACUUCCAGAGUUCUGAGAUGUGCGGGUUUAACAACAGGGUCUACGCCACCUACCAGGUCACCCGGGGUUUGGCCAGCCUCAACAGCUGCGUGGAUCCCAUCCUUUACUUUUUAGCCGGGGACACGUUUCGACGACGGCUCUCCAGAGCCACCAAGAAGAAUUCCAGGAAGGGCGACCUCGUGGUUCAAUCCAAGAGCGAGGAAACGGCCCUGAACAGUCUUCCAGAGUACACCGAGAAUGGCAACAGGUCGCUCUGAGGAUUCAUGGAUAAAUUCCAUAAGCAGACUUUUUUUUUUUUUUUUUUUUCACGAUGCACUGACUUAUGAAGAAUCGCACUGAUCGUAUGCUGAUACGAUAUUUAUCUGAGACUAUGAACGUAAACACUGUUUAAUAUCAAGCUCUGAGCCAGUGACUGGACAUUCCUUCUACGUGGAAUAACAGGAGUAGUGUACGUGAUCUAGUGACGUAUAUGAUGUAUAUAAAGUUUUUGGUGUACAGUAAUUACUCUCCAUGUGAAUACGCCUCCAUUGUACUGUAUUGUAUUUGUCAGUAUUAUUAUUAUACGAGCUGAUACACCAACAGCUUCACUUUAGCCAACGAAUCAUUUCCAGAAAGUGGACUAACCAUCCAGUUCAUGCUAUCCACAGGUCAGACUAGAAUAGAGAGCAGUGCUCUGUAUUAUCUGAGUGUAACACAAUUAAAAGAAGUAAUACGAUCUGAGACUGUCGUUAUCUCAUCCCGAGCUGAGACAGGUCUGAGCGGUGCAAUUUUAUUUUAUUUUUUUCGUCUCUGUGAUAAAUAACACUGUAGAUUUAAACUCCGCCGUCGGUUCUAAGCGAGAUCUCGCACACCAAUCUGUUACAAUUUAAAAGUCAUCACGUGUCUGAUUUAAACUCUCUGACUCAUGAAGGAACAUGUUCGUUUAUUUACCUUGGCCGGGUUCCAGCAGGAAUUAUCAUUAUCACUAACUAAAUCUCCACAUCUGGAAUGAAACUAUGAAACCGGGCGACUUCUACGGAAUAAUCUUUUACCGGCUGAGGUUGUUCUACAUGUAAGGACC